AUGACCGUAUCCCCUACAGCCCCCCUCUGGGUUUCCCAGCUCGAGCAUGCUCCCGCAGCCAAGGCGAAGCAGUCUGGCAUUCAGGAUCCCCCAGGCUUCAGCUCCGGAGCGGCCGUCACCAACUCUAAGAAGAACAAGGAAGCCCCCAAAGUUCAGCCACGAAAGCCCCCGACAGCCGAAGAGAUGGACACCUUGAAGCUCAAGAAGGCUUGGGAAGUCGCGCUGGCUCCCGUCAAGGGUCUGCCCAUGACCGCCAUCAUGAUGUACAUGUCAGGCAACUCGCUCCAGAUUUUCAGUAUCAUGAUGGUCUUCAUGGCCUUCAAGAACCCUCUGAUGGGUCUCAUGAACACCAACCAGGCAUUUGAGCGCUUCCAGGCCUCCGAGAGUCUUUCAUCCCAGUUGCUCCAGGUCAAAUUCGUGUACGUUGUGUGUCAGCUUGUUGCGCUAGGUGUGGGAGUCUGGAAGAUUAAUCAAAUGGGUCUAUUACCAACAACACGAUCCGACUGGCUGAUGUGGGAGGCGCAGAGAGAGCCUUUGGAAUACGCCGUGGCAGCUUUAUAA